UAAAUUAUAUGUUGAUUAAAGAAAGAAGAUUUGGCACCACCGUUGUCUCAUUUACACCAUGCCUAUUGACUGGAGAGACGAAAUGGAGAUCCUGCUAAAAUCUCUUUGUACAAAAGCACUUUCAAAAAAUGAAGCUGAUUUAUUCUCUCUUAUCAUAUUCUUUAAUCUAAAAUUCUCUCUCUAAAAUCCCUAAUUAAUCGUGACAAUGAGAGAAGGAAGGGGUUCCAGUUUAGUUUAUCUGCUAAUUGUUCUUUUCUGCUUAGCGGCCUUUGCUUUCUCCAUCGCUGCCGAACGCCGCCGUAGUCUCGGUAAUAUAAUCCUAGAUGGAUCCACUAAUUCGACGUACUGUUCUUAUAGUUCUGAUGUUGCUACUGGAUAUGGAGUUGGCGGAUUCCUUUUUCUUCUUUCAAGCGAGUCACUGCUUAUGGGUGUUACCAAAUGCAUGUGCUUUGGGAGACCCUUGGCCCCUGGAACCAGUCGAGCAUGGACCAUCAUUUAUUUCUUCUUAUCAUGGUUAACAUUUCUGGUAGCAGAGGCAUGUCUAUUGGCUGGUGCAACCAAGAAUGCAUACCAUACCAAGUACCGCCAUAUGAUCUAUGCACAGAAUUUCUCUUGCGAGUCUCUGCGCAAAGGUGUUUUUAUUGCUGGAGCUGUGUUUGUGAUUUUUAAUAUGGUCCUCAAUCUGUACUAUUACAUCUACUUUUCCAAAGCGACGAGCUCACUGACAGAAGCUCACAAGGCAAAUCGCUCCAGCUCGACUGUGGGAAUGACCGGGUAUAAGUAAGGCCUCUUGAAUUUGAAUGUUGAAAUCAUGUCUCCUUGAAGUAGAAGCUAUAGAUUAUUGAAGUGUAUCAAAUGUACACUGUUUAUCUAUGAUAUGAUGCAAAUUACCAAUCACUAUUUUGUAAGAUAGCGAAACAAGCUGUAGGUAAGUUGAGCUUUUGUCUGUUCAUUAUCUCCAUGAAAUUCUUAUUUUUGUGCAAAAAGAAUCAAGGAAAAGUCUGAAUAGUAUUAUAUGCAUCUUCACAUUCAGAAAUUUCUCAUGCUACACUCUAAAAAAUUGAUGUAAAUGCUGACGCAGAAGUAUGAUGA